CGGCCCUAAACUCGUAUGAAAAAUUGCAUCGUGGGAAACGGACUUUAGUAUAACUUCUUCAGUCUAAUAUUACUUGCAAUUUUUUGAUGAUCUGCAUUGACCUGUCAUUUUCGUCGUAAACUGAGCUUUCAUCGAAACCUGUUGCAUUUGUAUCAAAAACUAUUUAGUUUUUUGCUCAAAUAUGACUUUAAAAUUAUAUUAUGAUUUACUCUCACAACCGUCGAGAGCACUAUACAUAUUUCUUAAAAUAUGUGAUAUACCUUUUGAGCAGAAGAUUGUAAACUUAAAAAAUCUCGAGCAAUAUACUUCAGAGUUUGAACAAAUUAAUCCAUUCAAGAAAGUCCCUGUUAUAGAGCAUAAUGGUUUCAAACUUACUGAAAGUGUAGGGAUUACACGAUACAUAUGUAGAGAAUUUAAGGUAGAUGAUCACUGGUAUCCAUCUGAUUCAAAACAUCAAGCAAAAGUUGAUGAAUAUCUCGAAUGGCAACAUCUCAAUACAAGACUUCAUUGUGCAUCUUAUUUCUUAAUGAAGUUUCUUAAUCCACUUAUGCAAAACAAAUUAGCAAAGCCAGAAAAAGUAGCUGAAUUUGAAAGUCGUAUGAGUAAUUGUCUUGACAUUAUCGAAAAUGUAUGGCUAAAAGAUACGCAAUUCUUAGUUGGAAACACAAUCAGUGUGGCUGACAUAUUCUGUGCUUGUGAACUGGAGCAACCACGUAUGGCCGGUUAUGAUCCGAAAAUGGGGAGACCACAUUUGACUGCUUGGAUGAAAAAAGUUGUUGAAGCAACAAGUCCAUAUUAUCAAGAAGCUCAUAAGUUUUUAAAUAAAAUUGCUGAAGCCAAGCCAAGUCAAAGCUUCAAUUUUAAGCUUUAAUUUUAAAAACAGUAACACUUAUAUAUCGUUUGUUUUAAAAUACUUUGUUUAUUGGAUACUUUUAUAUUUUUUGAAAAAAUAUUAAGAUUUAUACGUGUUAUAUUAUAUGUAUAUGUAUACAUAAUACAUACAAGGGUGGAUCGAAAAGCAACCUGUUUCAAAAUAGCAGACAAUGGUUUUAAAUU